AAGUAUGUAAUGAGUUCCGGAAGCAGCGUUGGAAGUCCCACUUCCACUCCAGUAAGCUUCUGUUGCCAACGUUGCGCUAGACCCCUCAAACUUGCCACAUCCCUCCAGAAUGUAUCCCUCAAAAACUUCGCCCAUCUAACUGAUGGAAGGAGUUCCACCCAACCCACCCCAGACUACCUCGCCAACCCACCAAUUGACGUUCACUCCAACGAUGGUGCUGACAGAAAGAUUAUCAUAGACAACACAAGUAAAGAUGAUUUCUGUGUCCUUGCCAAGCCAGAAGCAGCGAAGACGGAAGCGUUCAGCUACAAGCUACGAGUAGCAAUGCAGCUGUUUGAUAUUCUGUCCGAGAACUCUGAGAUAGACCACCCGCUGUGUGAAGAAUGUACCAACGUCCUCUUCCUCCAGCUAGAUUCACAGCUCCGAACUUUGAGACAGGACUGUGCUGACUACCGCAAAGUUCUAGCCCAACUCCAGCAACAAGACUCCGCUAUCACGUCCCAACUGGAUGACGAUAUCGAGAACCUGCGUGCUGAAGAAGAAGCACUGUUGAAGGAGCUGGAGGAUGUAUCAGAGGAGAGGGGGAGUGUAGCUGCAGAACUGGCAGCACUGCAGCUCAGUGAGAAGGAGCUGGAGAAGGAGGAGGAGCAGCUCCACAGGGAGAUUAACCAGUAUGAGCAACGGCUAUCUGAGGUGAACUUACAGCAAAAGUGUUUGGAUGACGAACUGAAGUACUCCCACAACGAGCUGGAGAAACUGAAGAAAACAAACGUGUUUAACACAGUGUUCCACAUCUGGCACGAGGGGCACUUUGGGACGAUCAACGGGUUCAGAUUGGGCAGAUUGCCAACUUUUAAUGUGGAGUGGGAUGAGGUGAACGCGGCGUGGGGUCAGACUGCUCUGCUUCUUUACUCACUUGCUAAUGCUAACAGCUUCGUCUUCCAAAGAUAUAAGAUUGUUCCGUUUGGCAGUCAGAGUUACCUGGAAGGUGAAACUAAGUUGCCUCUCUUCACCAACGGUGGUCUAAGAUUAUUCUGGGAUGCCAAGUUCGACCAAGGCAUGGUGGCCUUCUUAGACUGUCUCAAGCAAUUUCUAGAUUCUAUUGAGAAAAAAGUCCUUCAACUUCCCUACAAGAUCGACAAAUCUAAAAUAGGCGACCAGAAAGGGUUCUACAGCAUCAAGUUACAUUUCAACAGUGAAGAACAGUGGACCAAAGCGUUGAAGUUUAUGCUGAUAAACCUAAAGUGGGCACUGACUGUAGUUGCUCACAGCAAACCUGCGAAGUAGUAAUGAGUGAAACUAACCAGAACAGUUAAUAAUAACUAUGGUUUAUUUGGGUAGUAUGAUGAGGUCACGGCCCAGUACCUGGAAUGUUUUCUGCUAUAUUAUGGACGAUUGAAAUAUAUUAUACUUUUAGAAUAGAGACAGAUAUGUCAAUAUUCUCAGUGCUGUUCAGUAUGCAUUGCAUGCGA